AUCAGAUUGUCACAGAUGUUUUCUUGGUGCUUGGACCUGCUUUCAUUUUACGACACUCGUAUGUGAAGAGACAGCAGCGAGCCCGUAUAGACAGUCUUGCAAUGUUGAUGAACCAUGCCCAUCGUGGAGAAGCUGAAAGAUGCCCUGAAACCGGGCCGAAAGGACUCUGAGGACGUCGAGCUGGGCAAGCUGCUCUCUUCGUCCGCUAAGAAGAUCCUUCUGCAGAAGAUUGAGUUUGAGCCGGCCAGCAAAAGCUUCUACUAUCAGCUAGAAAGCUUAAAGAGCAAAUAUGUGUUGCUGAGCCCCACAUUCCAAACUGGCACCCCCCAAAGAAGCCUUGACGGUCCCCAGAUCCAGAGGCAAAGCUUUGACUUGUCUCUGGGCACAGAUGGCAUCCCACUGCCACAGAAAGUUCUCUUCCCAACAGAAAAGCUCUCCAUGAAGUGGGAGCGAGUAUCCAGAGUGGGAGCCGGCCUCCAGAAUUUGGGGAACACAUGCUUCUUGAACUCAACUAUCCAAUGUCUGACCUACACUCCACCGCUGGCCAACUACUUGCUUUCCAAGGAACACAGCCGCAACUGUCAGCAGGGCGGAUUUUGCAUGCUCUGCAUCAUGCAGAAUCACCUCAUCCAGGCAUUUGCAAACAGCGGAAACGCCAUCAAACCAGUCUCGUUCAUCCGAGAGUUAAAAAAAAUUGCUCGUCAUUUCCGCUUUGGCAGCCAGGAGGAUGCGCAUGAAUUCUUGCGCUAUACAAUAGAUGCUAUGCAGAAGGCCUGCCUUAAUGGCUAUGCUAGGUUGGAUCGCCAGAGUCAGGCUACAACUUUAGUUCACCAAAUAUUCGGGGGUUACCUACGUUCUCGGGUGAAAUGUUCUGUUUGUAAGAGCGUGUCAGACACGUACGACCCUUAUCUGGAUAUUGCACUGGAAAUACGGCAUGCAGUGAACAUUGUCCGCGCUCUGGAGCUCUUUGUGAAGUCCGAUGUCCUCAGUGGAGAGAAUGCCUACAUGUGUGCCAAAUGCAAGAAGAAGGUUCCAGCUAGUAAGAGAUUCAGUGUUCAUCGAGCGUCCAAUGUCCUCACUCUGUCUCUGAAACGGUUUGCAAACUUUAGUGGUGGCAAAAUCAGUAAGGAUGUGGGCUACCCUGAAUUUUUGAACAUCCGCCCAUAUAUGUCCCAGAGUAAUGGGGAACCUGUCAUGUAUGCCCUCUAUGCAGUGCUGGUGCAUUCCGGGUACAGUUGCCAUGCUGGGCACUAUUACUGCUAUGUCAAGGCAAGCAACGGACAGUGGUAUCAGAUGAAUGAUUCCCUGGUUCAUGCCAGUAAUAUUAAGGUUGUGUUGAACCAACAAGCGUAUGUCCUCUUCUACCUGAGGCUUCCAGAAUCUAGAAAAAGUCCUGAUGCAUCCAUGUGCAAGGUUCCUCACUCACAAAUUGCACGUCCCAGUUCUGUUCCUCCCAGCAUAAAGAAGACCAUGUCUAAUGGAAACCUUUACUCCCCACUCAUUGGAAAGAGGCCCGAAGGACAGCAUUUGAAGAAAUCACCAGGUUUGGAAGAAAUGGGAGUGCCAGUCUCCCGCACCCCACAACCAUCAGGGAAUAAAGAGCAGAAUGGAAUGCCCCGUCCAAGGCCUAUGAGUGCUGAACCUUUCCCCAAGCUGAGUUCCAAGUCACUUCACAACCCAUUCUUCUUGGAUGAACCAGUAAGCAGAGUAAAGAAGCCUCUUCACCCUCAAUUGAAAGCUACUCAGGGGGCAACGACUGAAAGGAACAGACAGGAUAUUCCAAAACAGAACUGGGAGGCCACUGGUCCCAGUCCAUCUACCUCCCCCAAAACUUUGACAAGAAACCCAAAACCUCACACAGUUGGUGGCAAAGAACCUCUACUUCAAGAGGAGGGGGAUGAUGCAUCAAAAUCGGAGUCCCUCACAAAUGGCCAGGACUCUUCUCCCAGCCCUUCCCCGGUCAGGACUGCAACAUCCUCGAAUUCCCUGCAGAGUUCUGGGGUUUUGGAAGCCGAGCAGUCUGGCACUAGUUCUCUGAAAUGCAGAUCCCCCACACUAGCCAGCGUUUGUGAGGUUUUGUCCACCAUGUCACCCCCACCUGCCAAGAAACUAGCUCUAUCUGCCAAAAAGGGCAGCAAUCCGCAGAGGGGAAGCAGAAAUGAUGCUUACCCCACUCCGUCUCCAUCCCACACUGCCAGUUCCGUUCGUCCCACCUUCGCUUCCCCUGGUCCCACCACACCUAGACUGCUCCAUAUGCAUGGGGGACACUCCAAAUCUGCAGAGGGUUCUCCUGGAAUUUGUACCAUGCUUGAUGCUUGUAAACAAAAGCCAGCCAAAAACAGCACGAAGCCGCUAAAACAAAUUCCAGGGGGAUCUGACCACAUCAACCCAGUAAAUCAAUCAUCUCACUAUCUUUCCAAUAAAACCUCACCCAUCCCAACCACUCAGGGGAAAACAGUGAAGAAUUCCAAGGCUGAAACCUCACCCAGUCCCUCACAGCCAGAAAAAAUAUCAAAAUCAAGUGUACAUGUCCUCAGCAGCAAUGGGGCCGCGGAGGGAACCAUGCCCAAAAAGAAGCGAAAGAGGAGAAAAAGGAAAAUGGAUAUCGCUGUUCAGAAUAUCUCUACCUUGGACAGAGAGGUCCAAAAGAAACGUGAAAUCCAAUCCGGUCAGUCCACCAGCUCCCCAAAACCAGAAAUCAACAAUCUACAGAAGACAGAACGUAAAAGAAAGCGUAAAAGAGAGAAAGAUGAGCAAGAACUGGAUGACCAGAUCCAUGCACCCUCUGAAAGCAAUUGUAACAUUUCUGACCAUGAAAGGGAAGUUGAUCAAGUAGUCAGGAAAAAAAAGAAGAAAAAGAAACGCCUGCAUGAAGAGGAGACCCCGCAAGACCUGGGAGGGGACGUCUCCAAAGAGCAGAAACCUGUAAAGGAAGAGAAGACCUCCGCCCAAGUUUAUGUGUGGGACAGUCAGGUCCGGGAUGGCUACAAGCGUCCCACAGAGAUGCCAAAACCAGAGAAAGCAGUACGACCUGCAUGGGACGGCACCAAAGAGUCACAUGUGGUCCAGGAGCUAAUUAAGGGCUCCAAAGACAAAGCAUAUGGGAAACAAGUGCUUACCUGGGACGGCGAAGCAUCUGCUGUGAGCAGAGAUGCAGCUUAUGAUGCAGAAGACGCCAGAUAUGAUAGGGUGACAGAUGAAUGGGAUGAAGACUUUGACAGCGGAAAGGUGAAAAAGAUAAAGUUCAAGAGGGAAAGAUGGCGAAUGAACAACAGUUUCCAAUCUCUGCAGAACCGGCGCAACUUCUGGUCGGUGACGCGUCCACGACAUUUCUCCAGCUUGGCAUACCGGUUCUAAAUGGAAAAUAAAAUUAUUUAAAGAAUCAGCAAAUAUACAACAACAUAAAACAGCAAGAGGACAAGAGGAGUUGUGUCUACAUGGCUGCAUUUUAAAAGGGAACAUUUUGCAGAAAUACACGUCUUGUGCCAGAACACCUGUAUAGACGCCCAUACAUGUGUCAUUGUUCAGCAGGAUCAGAGAGAGAAGAUGGGAGUGUUCCAAUUCUUGUUAAGAGUGUGUCUUUCAGUCUGGAAUGUAUAAACCCACAAAGUGCUGUUAUUUUGGUUUAUCCGUCUGUUUCACUGACCAUUCAGUUUAGGAGUCCUUUACCAGUAACCCUUACCCCUAUCCUCUCGUAGUGCAGCUUGUCAGUUCAAGAGGCACUCGUCUGUAUUCUUCUACCAAUAAAUAAGAGGACGUAUCUGCAAGAAAAAACUUAGUAUGUACCAGUCAAUGAAGAGGAGAGAAUAUUGGCUGACCACAUGACAACACCAAAUAUAUGUAGACAGUGCUCAACAUUUCCACUUGAUUUUUUUUUAUGAAAAUUGAGAACCAGCGAGGAGAGAUCCACACCUGGUCGGUAUUUCAUGUUGAAAUUUAAAGCCCUGACGUAGAUUAAACCUAUGUUGGAAUGCUCAGAUGACGCUAGCUAUUAAUUCAGGAGAGGUUUGAGACAUCCUCAACAGGUCUACUCUAUACAUAAUCAGCUUUUGCUUUCAUUUCUUCCUCCAGAUCACUUAGCACUGGGGUAGGCAGCAGGUCACUAGGCACCUGCCAAACUGCAAACAAUUUUGAGAUUUGUCGUUUAACAGCCACACUAGCGCAGCCUGUAUUCCUAACACUGCUCUAGUUCAUGUUCUAUAUCCACUAUAUAGCGAUCAUUUAAAAACCCGAGACUAAAGGUGGUCGUUUGCGGUCUUCUCUAUGCACCUUCCCAAAAUCUUGCCUUUGUGGGAACGCUCCAUUUCUUACUAGAAUCGAUUAAGGGAUUUGUUUGGAGUUGUUUGCUAGAUGAGGUGCCUGGUGGAGUUUUGAUGAGAUUUAAUACUUUUUCAUUUCCGUUACCACUAUUUGAAGUUUUAAAACUAAAAAUUUAUUCACACCGAACUGCUGUCAAUUAAAAAAACAAAUUGCAAAAGUUAGCCCUUAAUAGCCAAGCUGUGACUUUUCCUGAGUUGGAGAAUAUGUUAAAAGGGAAAUAUUUUUGCCUAGAUGUUGAAUUUGUGUUUUCAGUUUAUUUCAGUUCACCGUUUAGCGAAUAUGCCACUUGUAAGUAUAACUGGUUUCUGGCCAUCCCAGCCUCUACUGACGGGCCCUAAACUCAAACAUAAUGUCUGAUGCUGCUAUAUAUAAACAUUAUAAUUACCAAAUGCUGCAACCCUUUUCAAAGGGAUAACGUUGAAUCGUACCCCAAUAAUAUUUGUCAUAAUUUAUCAUUUCAAAAUCCUCACUCUUCUGCCAUUUCUCAUUAACCCCAGACAGAUUGAUGGCAGCCACCCUUUAACAUCGGAACGUUUAGUGAAAUCCGUUUAUGUAUCAAACUCCCUGCGCUGUUUAGUUCAUGGACUGUGAGACACACGGUUAACGCAGCCUGUAUAUACAUUCGAAUGAUUAUCAUACACAGGCAAUUCACACAGUGAGAAGACUCAGAUUGCAUUUCACUACAAAAUUUGUGUGAGGGAGAGGGUAUCCCAUGAAGCAGAUAAAGUAUAAUAUAUUUGUAUAUAAAUAUUGGAAAUGAUAUCAGAAUAUUGCAAUAGUGCACAUCAGAGAACGUAUUUAAUGGAAUCCCCAGUUAUGUACUAGGUGUGACUUCCCUUUGGAUGUUAAAGGGCCGUGUGGUUAUGUACUCAUUCCUUACGUGAAUUAGUCUGUAAUGUCGGAAUUGUUAUUUAUUUUCAUUUAGUUAUUUUACCUUCGGGAAGUGCCUGACCCCUAGUCAUACCACUACUUUCUAAUUUUUGUUGUAUUAAAUACAAACACAGCCAUCAUUAGGGCAGGCCUAUGCAACCACUACUCCUGUGAAUGUUUGUUUUCUGCCUAUUUAAGACGGUCCAAGAUUUCACUAGUGGCUUUCACCUGUUGGUUCAGCUCCCAAGACCUGGUUCUUUACUCUGGUAGAGUUUACAUAUAGCUUGGCUGAAGCAGGUUUGUGAGGUCUGUUGAGCUGUAAACUACUAGACUCACACCAGACUAAAAGGAACAAGUCAGCAUUGUGGUACCUCUCCGAUAUCCUGGUGGGCUGGGUAUUGUGCUCCUUAGACACCGCAUUUCUCCUCUCCGAGAAGAACGUCAGCAGGUACAAAUAUAAAAUAUUUAUUAUUUAUAUUAUAAAAAAGUCAAUAAUUGUAUAAAAAAAAAAAGCAAACGGUCCAAAGCUGUUCGUCCUGUACAAAGUGCUUUUUAAGGGACACUUCGUUACGCAAAGCAAAUACGUACAACCUAUUAUAAUAGCAGAUUGGUAGAUUAUGUUUCUUUAUGGUUGUAUUUAUCUUUCAUAAUAUGGGCAUCCCUGAAGAAACACUGUGUACAGGAUGAAAGAUGUUGGACCGUUUGCGUUAUUUAUUUAACUAUUGUUUUUUUUAUAAUAAAAGUAAUUCUACUUGUACCUGCUGGUCCCCGUUAAGUUAUUUUUGGAGAAGAGAAACGAGGUGUCUACUAAGGAGCACAGAGAGCAAAAUAUCUCUGCCUCCCAGGAUAACAGGAGGAGGCUCCAUUUUUUUAUUUUAUCUUAUGAGUGCAAUUCUUCUGGCUAGCGGCAAACCUGCAAAAGCUAUUUUACACUUUUUGUUAUGUUUUUUCUUUCUUUUUAGAGUUGAGCCGUGCCCCUGUUUUGUAUGGGGAUAUGUUAGUUAUAUAACAGACUGCAGGGUAAGGUCUCGAGAGAGGCUCGCAAUUUUACAACCACCCAAAAUCAUUGAAAUGUUAAAUAAUUUUAUUAUACUAGAGCUUGUAUAUUUUUUUUGAAAAGUUUAUAUCGGUGGGAUAUUGAAUGUCUAUAACAGGAACAAGGGACUGAUAUCUCUUUGUGAACGAUUAAGGCCUUUAUUACGCCACGUGUCCCAAUUUGAGGGGUUCUGGGAGUACUACCAUAAAUACUCGAGCACUGAACAUUAUCCUGCCUUUUAAAACACUGCUUCACUUUUAAAUCCCAAAUUUCUGCCAUCUAUGGCAGCUUCAUGUCCAUCACUCCCAGAAUCUGAUCUGUUCUGAUUUUACAUUAACAAAUCGAGCCAUCAACAUUAAUGAUGAUCUCUUCACCUUUCACUGGAUUUCCGUUUAUUUAACCAACAUUGCAGAGCUGCACAGAAAACCUCAGAAUAGGACAUAUAUUUUCUAUACUGUACUAGUAAUUUAAAAUGAAAUCUAAAUUCUAACUGGCAAAGUACAGCACCAGAGUUCAUCAUAACCUUAAUAUAUGCCAAACUAGAGACUGUCGCUUGGGUCGUUCACUGAAGCAAAAACUUCCUACUAUUUGCAUAUUGGAUUAGUAUCCCCCAUGCAAAGCAUAUCUUUAAUAUGAUCGUGAUUAAUUUAUUUCGUAUAAAAAUCACUAAGUCAAUGUUAAAAGAAAUUACUGACGAUUUAACACUUUGUGAUUUAGACUUUAGAUAAGCUUUGAAAACUUUAUUUUUAUUUUUUUUACAAGGAAAGAAAGGAUUCCCGAUGUCACGGAUUGUCUCCCUGGCAAUCUGAUUUUCAACGUUAAUUAAUCUGCCUGUUUUACAAGACAUUUUAAAUGUAUAUAUUCUAUAAAUAUCUUUGACUGCUAAUCGAGAUGUUCUGUGUUCUAGAAGGGCUGUGUAAGAUUAACUCAAGAUGUAUCCUCUGCUGUUACAUGUGGGAAAAUAAUCCCAUCUUGCAAUAAAGAAGAUAUUUGUGGAA